AUGCAUAAACGGUAUUCUCAUUUGUGGACAAAUAAUUAUAAAGAAAUGGGUGUAUCUCUACGACCUGAACAAUUAGAAGUUGACCUACUGGGAUUUGCUUAUGAAAAAACUAAUCAACAGAAACCGAUUUUCAAUUCACCGAAGAUGGAAUCAUUGCAAGCAAAUUCGUCUUAUUCAUUUGUAAAACCAUUUAAAGUUAAUACAAUAAUUAUUGGUGAAGUAACAACAUCAAUUAUUGAUUUCAAUCAUCAAGAUUUUAUUGAUCUUGAGCAGUCUAAUUCAAAUUUAUUAAAUAUAAAUAUACCAACUUAUUUACUUUGUCGAAAAUUAAUGCAACUUGAGCGAACACUUAACUUUAUUCUGAUUUAUUUUAAUGGUGUAAAAUUAGAAAAUCUAGUUGUUGCACUAGUCGCCAGAUUCCAUCAUCGACUUUCUCCUCAACAAAUAUACAAGCUAUUAUUUCAAUCAACAUUUUCAAAUAAAAUACCACUCUUGAACCAAUUAUAUCAACUUGAACAUGAACAAAAAGCAAACAGUUAUAUUUUAUUUCAUAAACUAUUAUGUUCGCUUUGA